UCGGAGGAAAUGCAGCGAGAAGCCAGAUGCUUCAAGGAAGAAUAUGAAGCUCAUUGGAAUAAUCAUGUAGCUUCUGUUAGUGUGAGAAAACAGAAGUUGCUCAAGAUCAAUAAGUCCGAAAAUAUUCCUUCUACAACGGAUUUGGUCAGGCUGAAAGACUGGCUCUCCACAGUUAUAUGCAAAGCCAUGCAGAGGACAAACCAAUCUAAUGAUGAUCUGAAAUGGCUAAGUCAGCUAGUGUUGACAAGAAUUGUCUUGUUUAAUAAGCGCAGAGUGAGCGAGGUAGAAGAGUUGAAAGUGAGUGACUUCCUAGGGAGAAAGAGCGAGAAGGAUAAUGAAGAAAUACUAGCAUCUCUUGAUGUCAGUGAAAGAGUCCUGGCAAAAAGAAUGGCACUGAUAGAGGUGAGGGGGAAGAGUACCAGGUCACUUCGCAAAGUCUUCAUCUUACUUUCUCCAGACAUGGUAGAACAGAUUGAGUAUUUGAUAAAAAAGAGGAAGAUCAUCAGCCCAUAUGUGUUUUCAAGACCGAGAGAAAUUAAUUCACCCAUAGAUGGCUGUGAAGCAAUCCGAGUGGUAACGAGCAAAUGCCCUAUGCUCAGAAAUCCAGGGAGUAUCCGAACCAGGGGAUUAAGGAAAUACAUGGCCACCACUGCACAAAUAAUUGACAUGUCCGCCAAUGAAUUGAAGAUGGUAGCAGACCACAUGGGCCAUAAUGUCAACAUCCACACUGACGUGUACAGAUUGCAAAGCUCAGUGCUUGAACGAGCAAAGGUUGCACGUGUUUUGAUUGCCAUGGAGAAUGGUGUCAUCAAUAAGUUCCAGGGAAAAAAACUUGAUGCCAUUAACAUUGAAGAACUUCCUCCCCCGGUUUCCAUAAAUGAUCAGCUGGAAAGAGGUGACCAGUUAGAGAGCAGGGAACUUACUUGUGAUGAUGUCGAUGGAAGCAGUCCAUUUGAUGGAGAACCACAACCAAGCUGCUCAGCUACUGGGGUUGCAGAUGAUCAGAAGUAUGGCAGUCAAAAGAGAAAGAUGGUUUCCACUGAUGACGGCAUGUUCAAAACUAAGAGAGCAAGAUGGUCUGAAGAAGAAAAUGGCAUAUUGUUCAGGUACAUGGAUAAAUACAUAAAAGCAAAGAAGAAUCCCCCAGGGUCUGAAAUAGCAGCUGUUGCUGAAAAACUUGGAGGAACAAGGACUCCAGCUCAGAUAAGAACAAAGAUGAACAACCUGGUGACGGGAAAACAGAAAGUCGUCUUGCCAAAGUCCACCGAGGCUAUGAGAGCAGACAAUAACAAAGAUUAGAUUUGCUAACUGAGCCCCCCCCCCCAGGUAUAUCUAAAGUGUGUUACAUCCACAUUCAGCUCAAUCAAGGAAGUUCCAACGUCUUGUUCUACUAUCAAGUUGUGGAGUAUUCUUAAAAUGAAACCUUUGUUGUGGGGCAUAUUUCUCUGGUGGGAAAUAAUGUAUUCCGUGAAAAUUUCUUUUGCAGAACAUGUUUACAAAUUUCGCCAGGUGUCUGUAAGUUGCUAAAAUAUUCUUUCACAGAUUUUCGAC